GCGAUGAAUGCACCCAACAAGGAUUGCGUUGCUGAAGGGCCCACUUACGCUUCUACGAUUUCAGCCAGCAACAACGAUACUGGCGUUAGUGAUGAGACCGCCAUCGCGGCAAAACGCCAUACCGACAAGCAGCCACCAGCAAAAGCCCACAUGGAAACUGUGACACGGAAAUGUGAUUUAAUUGAUUACCUGAUUAAUGUUAGAAGUAGCGUAGCGCAGUCAUCAACGGCAAAGGGUGGCGACUAUUAUACGCCUUUCGAGCAGCUGGUUCGCUGCGGCGACUGGGAACGCUGCGUGCGAAAGUGGUGCGAGUGGGCCGCCUGUCCCAUGCCGCGCAUGCGGCUCUGCGGCGGUGGUGAAGAUUCCAUCAUCAACGGUACCAGCGCCUGGGGGACGCCACCAUCCGCCACCAGCAACGGCACUGCCAAUGCCUGGGGUAUGCUUCCCAACCACCAGCAGCAGCAGCAGCAGCAGCAGCAGCAGCCACAACCGAUGCACCUUCCGAAUGCCAAUUGCGUUGCCAACAACAAUGCAGCCAAUGCAGGUGCGGGCAACGUCGGUGCUAAUAGUGCGGAUCCCAAAAAUCAGCAGCUCGAGCAGCUGAACACGAUGCGUGAGGCACUGUUUGCGCAGGACGGUUGGGGCUGUGAGCAUGUCAAUCAGGACACCAACUGGGAGGUGCCCGGAUCGCCGGAACCACAGUCGGGUGGUGGUGGUGGUGGAAGCGGGUCCAAUGGCCCGGCGGCCAACGCUGUACCGAAGCCGGCCGAUGGGCGGCUGGGUCCGAAUGGUGGUGGUGGCGGCGGCGGCGGCACCUGGAAGGUAACGAACAUGAACACCGGAACGGAGCUGUGGGAAACGAAUCUACGCAACGGUGGUGGUCAGGUGCCACCACACCACUCGCACCACCAACAGCAGCCGAAAGUGGCCUCGGCGCCCUGGGUGCCGACGAAUAAUCUCGGCGGCACGUGGAUGGAGGAGGAUGAUUCUCUCACCGGGGCCGGUGCUGGGCCGGGAGCGGUAGCCGUAGCCGAAGCGGUCGGUCCGGUGUGGAACGGAAGUGCGGCUGCAAUUGUUGCCGGGACAGCCGGACCGCUCGUCGGAGGAGGCGGUCCACCCGGGACCGGUUCGUGGGGUGGUGGUGGCAGCAAUGCUGCGGGAUGGCCACCGGGUGGUGGAAACGGUCCCCUGUCAGGAGGGCCAUCCAUCCAUCCACAAACGAUGGCCGGUGUGAAGCAAGGUCUGAGCGACUGGAGUGCCGUUGGUGGAGCAUCGGUCGGCAUCGGUGGUCCCGGUGGAGUCGUUACGGGAUGGACGAAUGAUGGACGCACGGUGGCAGCACCGUCGACCGGCGGUUUCAACAUGGCUGCGCCGGCUGGUAUCGCUCAAUCCGCCGGUCCGUCCGCUCCCGGUCUCGUGGAUAGUACGGGACUGAACCGAGGUGGCGGUGGUGGAGAGCUGCGAGGUGAUCCGCGUGGUAUUUCUGGCCGUCUGAAUGGUGGUGCGAUGCCGGUCGGUGGCAUGUGGGGGGGUGCCGGAGGAGAGCAUGUAGCGAGCCUGUUGGGUGGUGCGAACAAGAUUCCUUCAAUGUCCGCUGGUCAACCGUGGGGCGGCAGCGGCGGAACGGCAACGAAUGGCGGUGCUAUCGUGUCGCAGAGCAAAAUUCCCUCCGGAUGGGGCGACGAGCCGCCAGGUGGUGGUGGAAGGCCAUCAUCGCUAAGCGAUGACCAGAUGGGACGUGGCGGCCAGCAACCGGGCAAUGGCGGUGACCCCCUGUCUAAAACGAUACGAAUUGGGGAAUGUAUGAAACUUGCGCUGAGUCCAUUGACCGAGGAUGAUUUAGCGUGGCCCCCCCGCCGACCCCCCCUCCAACACCCCCUCAUCAGUACGUGGGAACCCGUACGUGAGUCAAACGUUUGGGGUGAAGGUGACGGACCGUGGAAUGCGGAUCUGGGACCAGGUGGGAAUGCUGCUGGUGGCUGGAGUAAAACGCCAACCACGCCCAAGUCCGGAGGCAGCGCCGGUUGGCCCGAUCCGGGAUCCGAUCUUUCGACGGCCGGUGCUAUGGAUUGGUGUCGGGGGGGCAGCAAAUCGGGCGUGACCCCGGGACUAAACAAAUCGCCGAGUAAUCCGCUCGAGUACAUUCGCGCCAGCAAGGCAUUCUGGGUGCUGUGCCAGAUGGGCCACAAGAAGGAGGAAGUGGAGUUUGCGCUCCGAACAACGGACAUGAAUAUCGAAGAAGCGAUGGAGCUGUUGCGCCACCGUGUAGCUGCCGGUGGCUGGCGUCGGCCGCAGCUCGACGAUCAUCACGCCACCGGCAUUGGCGGAGGCAUGGCGUUCGAUGGGCCGUUCUCAGGCCCGCGUAUACCGCCACCUAAUCACGCGGCCGGUGGCCUCGCUUACUCGCAGAACAAUCAAGUAAUGCUUAACAACAUCGCCGGUGGACCGGGUGGCCACGGUGGUCUGGAAGGGGCCGGUGGACCGGCCAACCUCGUCGCACUCAAUAACUAUAAGUAUCUCUCGCAAGGAUCCGCCGGGACCAUAACCGGAGCACAUCCGUCUUUCAAUCACAAUUCCUUACUCCCGCCCGGCGGCGGCGACGGCGGACGAAGCCAGCAACCUCAAGCGGCAGCACUCCAGCAGCAGCACCAUCAGCAGCAGCAGCAGCAACAGCAGCAGCAGCAGCUGGCUGCAGCAGCCGCGGCACAACCAUCCAACGAGCAGCUUCGCCAGCUCUUGCAGCAUAUCCGGCUUGCGGUGCAAAAUGAUUAUCUCAACCAUCAGAUCCUGAACCAACCGGUAGCGCCCCAGACACCCAUACUGCUGAACCAGUUUCUCAAUCACAUCAAGCAAAUUGAAUUGACGCAAAGUAAUCUGGCGCACAGUAACGCCACAGGCGGUGUCAGUGCCGCACAGCGCACCCUGACGAUCAACAAGCUUAAGUCGAAGGCAGCACUGCUGCAGCAGCAGAUUGCUGCCCAGCAGAGCGUUUGCCUAAGCCGGCAGCAGCAGCCAGGACACCAGGGUGCGAUGCCACCGCCAUCGCUGCUGUCCUCGGGUCCCGGUGGUGCCCCUGGAAUGGACUUCCUACGGCAUCAGCAGGAUCUCAUGGCACUGCAGAGCAACUUUGCUGAGCUGGCGCUCGGCAAAGACGCGCUAAUGACAUCCUCCAACACCGUCGGUGGCGGUGCCUUUCCUCAGGUGCCGGUCUCACUUGCACCGCACGCUUCCGUGGCCACCGCGCCCCACGGUGGUGGAUCGCCGGCGGCGGCGGAGGCUGCCGCUGGAGGCAAUGGCAGCAACAGCAGCAGUAGCACUAGUCAGCAGUCUCGGCUAAACCAGUGGAAGCUACCUUCCCUCGACAAGGAGCCGGGAACCGCCGGGAAGGAUGAUCUCACCGAUUUCUCUCGUGCCCCCGGACCGACGGCUAAAUCAACCUCGGCUGCCAGCACCAAUUUAAGCUCUCUAGGUCUCGUGCAGGAUGGAACCUGGACAGCUGGGCGUACAAAUCUGGCCGACGGUUGGCCGGAGCAAACAACGGGUGAACCUGACAGCAAAGACUGGACGACCACAAACACCUCGUCACAGGACAAUUCCACUUUCACCGAUUUAGUACCUGAGUUUGAGCCGGGAAAACCGUGGAAGGGAACGCAGAUGAAAAUCGAAGACGACCCUAGUAUUACCCCGGGCAGCGUGGCCCGUUCGCCGCUUUCAGUUGCCACCGCCAAAGACUCCGAACUGUUUGCCGUGUCCGAUAAGGUCUCACCCUCGUCGUCGUCGGUGGCCGAUGGUGGUGGGGGGCUCAAUGUUACGUCUUCUGCCUGGAGCUUCAACGCCGCCGGUUCGUCGUCGCCCGUGUCGACGGGAGCUCUGUCCGUGACCGGAGCGUCCGCAUCCGUUUGGCCCGAUAGUACCGCCGGCGCAGGCGGCGGCGAUGUUUGGUGCACUCCGAUCGGAAAGACGGCCACUCGGGGACCGCCACCCGGUUUGGGUGGCAGUGCCAGCAACAAAACGGUGUCCGGUAGUAGUACCGGUACGGUUGGUGGUGGAAAUGGUUGGUCGGGCGGAACCAGUGUUCAGUGCGGUACAGCUAGAAAUGGAGUACUGCGGUACAGCACUGCUACAGGCUGGACAACCGGAACAUCAUGGUUGUUACUGAGGAAUUUAACUUCACAGAUUGAUGCAUCGACGCUCCGCACCUUGUGCAUGCAACACGGCCCCAUUUUAAGCUUCCACCCAUAUCCGGCCCAAGGACUGGCGCUGUGUCGUUACACGACGCGUGACGAGGCGACCAAGGCCCAGCAGGCGCUAAAUAACUGUCCGCUCGGCGCGAGUACGAUCAGCGCCGAGUGCCCGAGCAGCGACGCCGAAGUGCAAACGUAUUUGCAGCAGCUGGGCGUUUCUGUGGCGGCCACCAAUGUCGCUGUGAGCAAUGCCAGCAGUGGUGCGGACAGCAGCAUUUCCAACUUAUCGUCCCAAUCCUGGCGCCAAGGCAGCUCUGCGAGUGCCACAGGUGGCACCGAUACGUGGGGUUCGGGAUGGCCGAUGGGAGCAGGUGACCCGGGAAGCGUCACCGGUGGCGCUAAUCUUUGGGCACCCCUCGACGCCGCUGACCAUGGAACAGCCUCGAGUUUGAAUUCGUUUCUACCGGAUAGUCUUCUCGGGCCGGAGUUAAAUUAAGUCCGGUCCGCGACGGAUAGGCGGCGACCAUAUUGUUGUGGCGCGAGGCAUGAUGAAGCAGGGACGACGUGUGACGUACCAAACGUUCCGCGAAAGAAUUAGUUUUGUACUUUAUCGUUUCAGUAGAAAAGCCGCCAUCUAUUUGCAACAAUAUUUCGCAGCGAUAUAACAAAAGCUUCCUUCCAAGUUACAAGUUUCUUAACGGUUUCUUCAGUGGCUCCCACCAGCAUCGGUUUGUCGGAUGUCAAGAUUCUCAAUCUUUUUCCAUUUUAUUUGUGCACAAACGGUGUAGUUUCUGUUGAAAAAUAUGUAUGACCACAGUCUAUGGGGAAACAUGAAUUGUUCGACGCUUCAUACCUAACGAUACCCUAGCACUGGUCGGUUCGGCAAGACUCUGCGCCAACAGUGAGAUUUCAACGAGCAGAGAUAAAAGGAACCACAUUCGAAAUAUGCGCCCAAUGAACGAAAGGCAAAGCACGGUUAAGAAGCGUGUGCAGCAGAUGCUCAGACAAAAAUUGUAGCUCUAUUGUAGUGAUUCCAGAAAACACUCUCUGAAUGCACGGUACAAUGAGCGAAAAGCAUGCUGUCCGUACGGAGAACUAUGAUAAAUGCACCGGGCGCUGGCUACCAGCGCACUCCCACUGCAAAUUGCUAAUGAAAGCAAAUGAAUAAAUAUUUAUUAAUUUUAAUAUACACAUCUUGCAAGUGGCACGCGGCUGCUGCUGCUGCUGCUGAUGAAGAUGAACAAUGAAGGAACCCAUUAGAUCUACUAUAUUAUAAAAGUAUACAUAAAUGUUAUGGAAUUAUUUUUGAAAUUAUUUAGAAAUAAUG